AUGCGAGAUGCGGAGAUCGAAGAGGACAAUCCUGAACUCUUGCAAGAUGCUGCCUCGCGGGAGUUGCAAAGGCAGCUGGACAAGCGCCUGAAGAAGCAGGCCAAGACGGUCAGCGUUCGUGAGAAGACCGGCAUGUGGGGCUACAAGGUCGUCACCAAGAAGCUGUCUAAGGCCUCCUCCGCGGAGGACGCGCUGGAUGAGCGCUGCAAGCAAGGCCGUGACAAGUGGUGCUGCGUUUGA